AUGUCAUUGCCAAGCACUACAUACCCUCAUCUGCGUCAAACAGACAACGGGAAGCAACUUAUCGUCGAUGGCCAACCUUUCCUUUCUCUGGCUGGAGAACUCCAGAACUCCUCUCUGACCUCGGCGGAGUACAUGGAUACAGUCUGGCAGAAGCUCGUCGACACUCACAUCAACACCGUCCUCGGAUGUGUCACCUGGGAAAUGAUCGAGCCGACUGAAGGGCAAUUUACUUUUACCGAGCUAGACAGGGUUAUCCUGGGUGCGAGAAAGCAUGGACUGCGGCUCGUGCUACUCUGGUUUGGCUCAUUCAAAAAUGGUAUAUCGACAUACGUACCAGCCUGGGUUAAGACCAAUCCAAAGCGGUUUCCUCGCGCCAAAUUAAGGAAGGCUGGCGGUGUUCUUCAGACUGCAGAUGUGCUAUCCAUCUUCCAUGACGAAGCGCCGAAAAGUGAUGCAAAUGCAUUUUCACAUCUCAUGCGUCAUUUGAGGGAGGUUGAUGGCGAUCACUCGACUGUCAUCAUGGUGCAAGUUGAGAACGAGACAGGCUUGCUGGGCGACUCGCGUGAUGGCUCAUCCAUCGCCGAAGACCGCUUCUCUCAGCCUGUACCGGAAGACUUGCUUACCUUUUUAGCCGAUGAUUGGGAUAACCUUCACUCUGACCUCAGAAGUAAUUUAGUCCACUUCAAGGCUCAGACCCAACCACGCGGGUCGUGGGCCGACGUAUUUGGUCGAGGACCACGCACGGACGAACUCUUCAUGGCUUACCACUACGCACACUAUUUGAAUCAGGUCGCUACAGCGGGAAAGCACGAGUACCCCAUUCCGCUCUACACAAAUGUGUGGCAGAAUUACGUGGGUGAAGACGGGGAGAAUGAUUUCCCUAUUGUUGCCGGGGGUGGUGGUUUGCCCGGCGACUAUCCAUCCGGCGGCAGUACCAGCAAUGUCCUUGACAUUUGGCAGCAGUUCGCCCCAGCACUGGACUUUAUUGCUCCCGAUGUUUAUCUGAACGAGUAUACUCAGUCCUGUCGUAAGUACCGUCAUCGCAACCAACCACUGUUCAUUCCGGAGCAGCGGCGUGAUGAGUACGGGGUACGACGGAUCUGGAUAGCCUAUGGAUCAUACCAAGCGAUUGGGGUGUCGCCCUUUGGCGUCGAUACGCUUGAGCCGUCUACCAAUCCAUUCACCAAACACUAUGCACUUCUUGACUCCGUCUCGCAAAUCGUGCUUGCCGCACAGCGGCGACCGGGCUCGUCGGUCGGCUUCUUCUUCGACGAGCUUGCGGACAAUGGUUCCGAUCCGUCGAAGCCGGUUAUUCGGCGCUAUGAGGGGUUCGAGAUCACUAUUGAACGCUGCUUUGUCUUUGGCAAACCUGGUCCGGGCUCUGGCAUGGUGAUCCAUCUCGGUGGCGGCAAGUUCCUAUUGAUCGGCUGGGGAUUCCAGGUGCGUGCGAUCUCGUUGUCCCCGACAGCGACAUUUACCGGUAUUCUACGGUUUGAAGAGAAAUCCGUCGUCAAUCGAGCGACAGGCGAACUCAAGACGCUGAGGGUGCUCAAUGGCGACGAGACGCGAAGCGGCAUUUUUGCCAUGAUGCCUAACGAGGACCCAGACUAUGGCGGGUUUCCGAUCUGCGUAACUAUCCCUGCCCGGACUAUGAUCGCCGAGGUAGAAUUCUAUUCGAUUGACGAUGAGACUGCCGUGUAG